UCGAUUUAAUUUUGAUCAAUUUACUUCCUUUAUCCUAACUGGUAAGUCAUAAAUUCCAUGAAUUGAAAAUAUUUAUAUAUAUAUAUAGAAACCUGACUUUCUGUUUACAGACGAGGAUGUUUAAAAUGUUGUCAUGGGAAAUAUAAAGAAGAAAACUUAUUUUUGACCUCAGUGGAACUCCAUUAACUUUACCCGAGUUGACUUUUUGCCAAUAGAAAAUGAAGCGCAUCUAGAAUAUAUCUUGUCAUGUUUCGCAGUAAGACAAUUAUACAGCCUCGGGCUGAACAGGAGACCAGUUCAGUUUUAGUGACCUUGGAUAUUGGGGACACAUAUUCUGGUUACGCGUACACGUACACCAAGGACUUUAUGGAAGAUGGAUGGACAAUACAUAUGAAUGACCCGUGGGUCAGGGAGAAACAUAUGACCCACAAAACGUGCACCUCUCUGCUGCUCGAACCCGACGGGAAAAUGACCGGGGCGAAAUACGGGUAUGAGGCCGAGACGGAAUUUGCCGGAAAGUUCAUGGAUGGAUGCUCCCAAGAAUAUAUAUUGUUCAGAAAUAUCAAACAAGAGUUUUAUAAGGAUGGCGUCAAUUUUGAGACGGAGAUUACUGACGUCAACACUAAAGUACAGAAGAAGCCUCUUUGUGAUAUAACCUUGGCCUUACUUCGAUUCUUCAGAGAGAAAGCUAUAGAAAGAAUACGGAAGCGUUUCGCUGCCAUCACUGAGGAUGAUAUAUUCUGGGUGCUUAAUGUACCGUCGGCAUGGAAACAAGAGACAUCUCUACUAUACAGGGACUUAGCCAUCGAGGCAGGAAUCUCCUACAGGCGGUUACAAAUAGUCACAGAACCUGAAGCCUGUUUGGCAUAUGUAAUGCAGUACCUCCGGAGAAGAAUUCCCUCGAAAGAAAAGGAAAGGAUUUCUGGAAUAAUCUCCCUUUUUGACGCAAGAGUUAUGCUACUUGAUCUAAGCGGGGACGCUGCAACGUUAUCUGUACACCGUGUCAGCGGCGACAAAACGUUCAAGAUGGUAUAUCAGACACGCAGCCAUAAGAAGGGCAGUAGUCAAGUGAACGACCAGUUUCUAUUGUUUCUGUCCAACCUUAUUGGAGAAGAUAUCAUAAGGGCCUUGGAAAAAGAUUACGUGGACGACUACAUGGCUAUGUGUGAUGAAUUCGAAAUGAGAAAGCGGGAAAUUAAACCGGACACGAACGACACUGACCUCUUUUCGUUCAAAUUACCAUACCAGAUUGAAGAAACAUUUAAAGACUUGUAUAAAGAAGAAUAUCGCACGAUUACUCAAAGAAUUAAAGAGAAAUCGGUUUUCCGCGACCGGGUACGUUAUGACCGCGAUCGUUUGCAUGUUGAGAUUAGCGUCCUGAAAGAUUUGUUUGAUAUUGUUCUGAAUAAAAUUGAAGUGUUUAUCCGAAAUGUUCUUAAAAUGGGUCCAUGCGCACGCAUUGUAAGCUUUAUAUUAGUUGGCGGCUUCUCCGAAUCAAAGCUCGUGCAAGCCGGGAUCAAGAAACGCUUUCCGGAAAUGGAGGUCAUCGUACCGGAAACGCCAGAACUGGCCAUUAUGAAGGGGUCGUUGAUGCUUGCUGUGCAGAAAGAAACAAGACCUCCCACACCACCUUCCGGAAAAUUUCAGAGGGAAACUGAGCAAACUGUAAUUUCUAAAAUAUGUAGUGUUAUGUAAAUCGGUGAUAUUCCAAAACAAUGUUCCAGAACAAGUAAAAAGAGAAUAUUGUUUAUCUCUAUGUUUUAAUCAUACUGUAUUGAUAUACAGGUACAACUUUUUAUACAUUUCUUUGAAUAUAUUUUAUUAUUAUCCCUAUUUUUUUUGUAAUGUUGUUUUCUCAUAGAUCAAACUAUUAUUGCAAGUGUACCACGUGACUAAGAAAUUUGUACUGUUACAUUGGUAACUUCCGAUGGAAUUACUAUUCAACCAAAAUUUAUUCAAGACUUGAAAAGCACUCUAGGUUGCAAACAAGUUUAUUUUCUGGCUGUCCGAGUCACUUUGGCAAUGCCCUUCGAAAAAAAGAGGCUGAAUCGAGAAACAAAAAAUGUCGGCCAUUUUAUUUUUAAGACAUGUAAGAAAAUAAACCACUUGACCAGAUUUAUACUGUUAAACAUAACUGUUUAAAUAAUACCAACAUGUUAUUAACAUAAAUAUUGUACUCUUUCAUCUGUCAUUUUAUUCUUUUCCUUUGUAUGUUAUUUGUUCCUUUACUUUGUUAAAAUAAAAUACAUUAUUUACAAUUUUAAUUAAAAGAAACACACGACAAUCGUUACUUUUCGGGCCUUUCCGUCAAUUUACGGCAAAAGACCUCGGAGGUAAAGAAACAUGUAUUAAACAUGAAGACAAAUAGCAACUAUUUGACUUUUUUUUACCUGUGCACUAUCAUAAUUAAAGGCGACUCAUAUGUUGAUAAGAAGUAAAAUUGCAUAUUAUUUCUAUAACGAUUAUUCUGAUUUUACCAAGCGGAAGUAGAAAUAGCAUGCAUGAUUUUCAUUCUGGCCGUAUUAUAAAUUUGAGUGUAAUCGUAUGCAGGGUCUUUCGAAUACUAUGUGAAAGACCCUGUCGUAUGUUAGUAGUUACGAUAAAUUUCGGGCAUAUUUAUAAAUGGCUUAAACUAUUGAAGUGCCUGCUUUACUUUCCUUAUCUGUUAUAUGCACUCAGCAAAGUAUUCCGAAUGGUACAUACACAUCUGUCGUUGCCAUCAUCUGUAUCGCCCUUUAGUAAUUAAUAUGUGUACCUAAUUAAUUAAGAAAGAUUUAUACAUGUAUAAAUUAAACAUCUAGGUAAGCUUGUAUGAAAAUUUAGGAAAAUGGGAUCCCUCUGAAACAACAACAAUAACAACAACAACAACGACGAGAACGGGAAUUUUAAAAAAAAGCUGAAACGAAAACUGCAAAUUUGUUUUGAUUGAUUUUGUAUUCAUAAUUGCUCAUAAAAUGCGACAUUUAUUACAAUGCGAACAAAAUGUAUGACAGCGAUAAGAAUGCAAUAACGGCUUACCAUACUUUGCACUCUAACGAUACGCAUGGGCUAUUCAGUUUGCUCAUAUGCAAAUACUGAAUUGAAAAGAAACAUGAUUGACAAAACGAUUUUAAAUGGUUUGCACAUAUCUUUGAAGGAGAUACCCCUGGUCGAUAUUAGAUAGUGUACGCAUU